UCGAGUAUAAGCUGGCUGUGACGAGCCCACACCACGGUCCGCCGCUGAGUCUGGCUCACACGGGCAGCAUAAGGUGCAGCGUGUGAAGACAGGAGCGCGCCUACCUCAGCUGGGGGCUCUGAACAUCCGGCAGCGUCUCGAUUUAUUGUCGUUUCUAUUGCAUUGAACACACACGCGCGCAUAUAUAUUAAAAACAAACAACAGCGCCAUUAUGUUGUGGACGGCGAGUCAAGUCUUGAGGAAAUUCUCCACUUCAUCCCAUCAUUACCAGAACAAGUUAAAGCUAGCAAUUAUUGGCCAGAGCCUGUUUGGUCAGGAGGUCUACAGCAACCUGAGGAAGCAGGGGCACAAGGUGGUGGGUGUGUUCACGGUCCCUGACAAGGAUGGCAAGGCUGACCCCCUGG